GAGAUCAGCUUCUCUGCCAAACCUCAGCCUCAGUCAUUUAAGUAGCAAAUUGAAGAAUUAAUCUUUCAUAUCUGUCAACGGCUAACUCCUCCCCGACCCAAAUAAAGCUUUUAACACAAGUGGCAUGGGACAACGCAACAGCUCCACGACAGAACUGCCUCUCUCUUGAACUUGAUCUGCACUCAUGAAGACUCUUCAGGAAAAGAUCAUUGUCCUAUCAGUUUUUCUGACUCUGACAUGUGUCAUUCAGGUCGAUUCCCUGCCGGUUCCUGAAGACUGGAGUGGUUUGAUCCAGCGGACCAAGCGGUCCCUCCUGUGGCGUUGGAACAGCAUGAAGCCUAUGGGUGCCAGCUGCAGGGAUCACUUGGAGUGCGCCACGAAAUACUGCAGGAGAAAUGUCUGUUUCUUCUGGAGCGGCAAUUGAAGAGGAUACACAAACAAAAUGCCAUCAGGGGGACAAAACAUGAAUCUACCUUAUGGACCAAAACAACCUGCUUAAAAAUGAACCCUGUAUAGAGAUAAUUUGGCUUGAAUGUAAGACCUGUCGGCACGUGAUUGUGCAUUCAGUUAAAGUAAUCUGUUCUUGCAGCUGUACAUGCUGCAUUUACGUGAACAAACAAAUGGCUCCAUCUAUAGAGCAAUAUUGAGUUGUAUAAUUUGAAUUUCA